GUCGCAACCAACUUCAAGUCAGUCUCCACCCUCCAGACAGACAUACACACGCAAGACCUCCAUCAACAUGGCCGCAAGCAACCUGGAGCUCCCUCUCGUCGACUUAAGCGGUUACAUCAACCCCAGUUCCGAGGAGGAGAAGCAGCGCGUGAUUGCCGAUCUCUGCGAUGCGUGCCACAAGUUCGGCUUCGUCCAGGUCAAGGGCCAUGGGAUCCCUCUCCAGACACAGCGAGAGUUCUUGAAGGCUCUGCCGAACCUGUUCAGCCUUCCUAGGGAGGAGAAGAUGAAGUUGUCGUUCCUUAACAGUACCGGUCGCCGCGGAUAUGAGGGCUCGGGUGACUCCAUGAGGGAAGGCGAUAAGCUCCAUGAUGCUAAGGAGGCAUUCUACAUCGGCCGCGAGUGCCCCACCAUCGAACCCCCCGGGUUCCACUGCCCGAACCUCUGGCCCUCCCUCCCAUCCGCGGACUUCAAAGACCCCGUCAUGGCGUACUACGAGGAGACGAACCGGCUCGGCCGCACCAUCUGGGAGAUGCUGAUCCAGGGCCUGGGCCACCCGGCCUCGCUCGUCGACGACUUCGCCCGCAAGCCCGUCGUCAUGAUGAAAAUGAUCCGGUACCCGCCCUUCAGCAAGACGCUGCCGGGUCAAUUCGGCGUCGGGCCGCACACGGAUUUUGGUGGUGUUACGACUUUGAUCCAGGAGCCGGGGAAGGAGGGGCUGGAGGUCUUGGAUGAGGAGAGGGAUGAGUGGUUUCCUGUUCCUGCUAUCGAGGAUGUGUUUGUUAUCAACAUGGGCGACAUGAUCCAGAAAUGGUCCGGCGGCCACUACCGCAGCGCAAAGCAUCGCGUCAUCUACAAAGGCGAGGACGACCGUCUCUCCUGCGCGACCUUCUGGCACGGAGACCUCGAGGCCAAGAACCCGCUCAAUCCCGCGAACCCGGGAGAUGGCACCGUCGCGCAGUUGCUCGUGAAGCGGUUUGGGAGCCAGUUCUCGGUGCCGAAGCCGUUCGUGGAUGAGGUCUUGGCUGCUGCUUGAGUGGAGGAGCGUGGGUUGGGGGUGGCGUGGGUUCGUGAUGGGCCGGGAUUGGGGAGGAGCGGCUUGGUGUUUUGAAUGGGUUCGUCUGUUUGGAUGUCCAUGUAGUUCUGAAGUUUUUAUCAAUAGAUUUGCUGUGGUGAGAAAGGCUGAGAUUGGGUUUGUCACUCCAUGUUUCAUUGGAGUGGUUGAAUCGCCUUCCCCUCCAAUGAUAGUAAGUGGCCUGCAUUGCUUCGCGAAGUGUAAGUGCUCAGUUGCGGACUGAAGAGAAGAAAUCCCUUGGAGACAAUUGCCUCGUUGCCUAUAUUCUAGGGAAGGAGAGCCUCCUUAUGGAAUCAGGCAGUUAAAAAUAAGAACCCAGGAUAAACCCCAAGCCAAAUUUCUCAGAGAGCUACAUAUAUGUGUAUAUACUUGCGUAGUUUUAGUUAAUCUUACACGUGCC